AUGAAAACUUCAUUACGCCAUUUCCUUCCCUAUGCCUUGCUUGCUAGAGGUGCUUCAGCAUCCCCUUCCGAUGUCGAGGUCUCACGCGGAGUCGAAGAUAAUGCAGGUGAUCUUGACGAGUGGCUGGCAGCAGCCACGCGAGUGUCACUGGAGGCGCUCAAACUAUGCCCUAUCUCAUGCGGCAUGACGGGGAACAGCACAUCCAGGGAUGGGUGGUUCUUGUUCCCUGACGCUACAAAGUUGGCGGCGUGUAACGAGACCAUGCUGCUCGACAUGGUCGUCCAGACCGCGGCCAAGGACGACAAAACCGCCCAGACGAUCAUCAGGGCAUGCACAGCUGACUAUGACUCGGGAGUGAAGGUCGCAUUUGUACCUGACGACAGCAAGGCAUCUCUCUGUACAACCGCCAAUCGAGUCCUGGAGGAGGCUUCUAUAUAUAUGCACCAUCCCAAAGUCGGCAACGAUGAUGAGUUUUCUGUCAAUCAUCUCCUGUCUGCGGGGCGUCAGAUCAGCAGCCAUCUCGCAUUACAAAAGCCUUCCUGCACAAACAACGCGAUAGAGUUUGCUUAUUCUAAAUCAUCAGCCAUUGGUCUCUUUGCCGGAGCCGAGAUUCAUCAGCACGGAGUCACCUUGGAAGUUCUCAAGAAGCUGCUGGAAUACGCACAGGACAAGGCCAUCUCAAAGACCUUUGUCAUCCAGCUAUGUGGAACCGAUGGCCGCGGCGCAGAUUACAACAUCGGAAUGGUUGCCACCAGCGAAAAGAACCUUCCCUUCAUCCACGAGACUGUCAAGACUUGGGCCGAUGGAGGGUGCGUUUCUCAAGGCGAUGCAGCCGAAGACUGGAUGAAAGUCACUCUACGCGUCCCCAUCACUGUGGAGGCCAUCCCAAAUAACGGCACUGAAUUCAACAACACGACACCCGCUCACCUUGGGGCAAGAUCACGCCUUAACAUCCGGGCGGAUUGCAAGACAACCACAGUUCAGUCGGGCGAUGGCUGUUGGGCCGUGGCUAAAAGGUGCGGGAUAAGUCAAGACAACUUGAAGAAGUAUAACCGCGCCAAUGUUUGCGAAACUCUUGUCAAGGACGAAAAGGUCUGCUGUAGCAGCGGCACCUUACCCAACACUUUACCCCCCGGAAAUUCAGAUGGGACAUGCAAAACAAGGUCCGUUAUAGGCGGCGAUACCUUCGCCUCGCUCGCCUCCAAGUGCGGCAUCAACGUGCCGGAUUUCACAAAGGCCAACCCCAAAGUCGAUCCUGCGAAACUUGCUGUGGGCCAACAAGUUUGCUGCACAAGCGGCAAGAUGCCGGAUCUAAAGCCCAAGCCCGAUGCCAAGGGCAACUGCGCUACAUAUACGAUCAAAAAGGAUGACAGCUGCUCCGUGAUUGCGGCUGCCCGUGGCCUACAGGUGACAGACCUCGAGACCUUCAACAAGAAGACCUGGGGCUGGAACGGUUGUAAGCUUAUCUAUCCUGCUUUCAAGAUGUGUGUGAGCACAGGAAACCCGCCCCUGCCUGCCAACGUUCCGAACGCUGUGUGUGGACCAACGAUGAACGGGACCAUACAGCCCCCGGUAGGCACAGAUUUGGCCACCCUCAACCCAUGUCCGCUAAAUGUUUGCUGUAACAUAUGGGGUCAGUGUGGCACGACUGACGACUUUUGCGUUAUCUCAAAGUCGGAGACUGGGGCGCCUGGAACGUCAGCCCCAGGGGAAAAUGGAUGUAUCAGCCACUGUGGCAGAGAUAUCAUCAAAGGGCCAGCUCCGGCGCAAAAGAUCAAGGUCGCGUACUAUGAGUCUUGGAAUCUUGGCCGCAAGUGCUUGAACAUGUGGGUCGACGAGAUCGACACAAGCUACACACACAUCCACUUCGCCUUUGCAAACAUCACAAGAGGCGACUUCAACGUCGACAUCAGCGACGAAAAGGCCAAGGAGCAGUUUGAGAUCUUCAAGGGUAUGACGGGCGUCAAGAAAAUUAUUUCGUUCGGUGGCUGGGACUUCAGCACUGCGCCCGGGACCUUUUCGGUACUUCGCGAGGCCGUCUUGCCCGCCAACCGCGACAAGUUCAAGAGUAAUCUCAUUGCUUUCAUGAAUAAGCACAAUCUCGAUGGAAUUGACGUCGACUGGGAGUAUCCUGGAGCUCCUGAUAUUCCUUCCAUCCCCAGCGACGACCCCCAGAAUGGUAUGAACUAUUACAAACUUCUUUCCAGUCUGAAAGCGUCCGUGGGCUCUUCCAAAUCAGUUUCCUUUGCGGCGCCAGCUUCCUUUUGGUACCUCAAGUCGUUCCCUAUCAAGCAAAUGGCCCAGGAUAUUGAUUACAUUAUCUACAUGACAUACGACUUGCACGGGCAGUGGGACUACGGUAACAAAUGGUCUUCCCCUGGCUGCAUGUCUGGUAACUGUUUGAGGUCUCAUGUCAACGAGACAGAGACCAAGGAUGCCCUUUCGAUGAUUACCAAAGCUGGCGCUCCAUCCAACAAGGUUGUCGUCGGUGUUGCCAGUUACGGCCGAUCGUUCAAGAUGGCACAGGCUGGUUGCGACUCGGAGGGAUGCAAGUUCACGGGGUCACCUCGUGUGUCCAAUGCUGCCAAAGGACGUUGUACGGAUACCGGGGGAUAUAUCUCCAAUGCAGAGAUUGGCGAAAUUAUCAAGGCUGGCAAAAUUAACAGGCAAUGGAAGAAGGAAGGCUCUAACAUCAUGGUGUACAACGACACCGAGUGGGUAGCAUACAUGGAUGAUGACACGAAGAAGACUCGGUCUGCGUUCUAUGACUCAUACAAUUUCGCUGGCACCACAGACUGGGCUGCCGACUUGCAGGCAUUUACUGAUGGAAGCGAUGAUUCUGACGAUGCAGAAGCGUACGUUGACGAACAUUACUGGCCUGCCUGCACAGGCUCAUAUACCACACUCCAACAGCUCGAGGAUCGGAAAGGCUCGAUACCUGCUCCCUGCGUCGAGCAGUAUCUUGUCGAUGUUCAGGUUGCUGUUUUGGAAGCAGCCUUGAAAAAGUAUGAGGAUCUGAUUGAUAGGGGCUACGACAAGAAGUUCCAGAUCUACGAGGGAUUCGUCAAAGCCCAGAUCCCCGACCAAAUCAACAACUUCAUGGCCAGCGACAAGGUAGACAAAUAUUUCAAGUGCAAGGAGACUAAGCGCGUUGUGUGCUGCUCUGAUGGGUGCAGAUUUGACAGCUGUGCCCAUGACUGUGUCAAAGGCAACGACUGCAAGGGUGGCAAGGGCACAAUCGACAUGGACAAGUGCCCGAAAAUGGAGUUUGAAUUCCGCACGUUAGAUCCAACAGAUAUCCCCAACGCCACGUUCAUCCUCGCAGAUCCCAAAGGCUUCUACGCAGACAUUGGAGAGACAUGGGGAAUAGACGAGUCGUGGUUCAUGUUUGACAGGAGGCACAUGAGGACGAACAACGGUUGCCAGUUCGCUGGCAAGGACGUCCAGGCCUGCAUAGCCGAGAAUGACAACUGGUUCUUCAACUAUCCUCUCGUCAACUACGACAAGGUCAAAAUUUACAAUCCUAAGAAGGUCAUCGGCGACUCCUUCCCCAAGGCGAACGAGAUGCUCGACCGAUUCAAGAUCGUGGAUCAGUUUGGUGACUGGGACGAGCUCAUGCAAUUAUCCGACUUAGUCGAUGCCACGUCCCUGCCCGCAUUCUCAACCCAGGAGGCCGUUGACAGCAUGGAGAAGAUCGUGGAAAAGGCUGAUGAGAUCAAGAAGAAGGAACGUGAGGAGUUCAUUCUCAACUUCAUCACGGGGCUGCUCUUCUUCAUCCCUAUGGUGGGUGAAGCCGCCGGCGCUGCUGGUUUGACGGCUGUUCGUAGUCUACUUCGCCUUCUCGGUGCGGCUGGUGAUGCCGGCAUGACGCUCUACGAUGUGGUCCAAAAUCCCCAGAAUGCUUUUAUCACGGUCUUCAGCUACUUGGCUGGCGCCGGUGUCGGGCGUGCGGGUUUCAGGAACGCUGCCAACUCGAGGCGAGGCAUGAGCUCUAAGGAAUAUGACAGCCUUGGAAAUGUCAAAGGGAACCUAGACAAGGUUCAAAAUCUCCGAGGGCUUAUUUGCUCCAUUUAAGAUGGGCAAGGG